UUGUUUGAUGUAAGUCUUUAUUUUCAUGAAGUUUGGCAAAAGAAUGCCUAAAGUUAAUAAGAUGUAUCAUCAAAUAAUGAGUUAAAAUUUUAAACGAAACGAGUUUGGCUGUGAUUUAAUUUGGCGCAUGAGAUUUUUUGUUUUAUUUUCAAUGUUGGUGAAAAGACAUAUUAGAGCACAUCAUAAUCUGUCUAUGAAUUUGCCGACUAGCUUUAACCAAUACAAUAUAUGAUAAGACUCGGUGGAUGAGAAUUACGCACGGUUUGAAUUUGAUAUUUUUUGAUGAACUCUUCCAACUAUUUUUUCAACUCGAGUGAACGUCAGAGAAUAAGAGAGGUUCGAAUUUUUCAAUUUCUAAUAGAUAAAUUUUUAGUCAUUUUCCUUUUCAGUACCUCAAAUGUGUGUGAGAAAGCUUUUGUGGAGAACACACUCACGCAGCUUGCUAGAAAAAAGUAACCAAGCCUGCUCAAAUCGAUGCUUAAAAUGACGAGUCAAUACGAGACUUUACCCAGCAACUUGAUUGUCAGUGGAUUUAGGAACUGUGGUUCGCCGGCAAGUUCAGUGUCAGAUGCAACUUAGAACACUGAAUGUCAAAAUAAGUAUUGUCAGCUGAGACUUAGAAAUUAAAUGAAGUAGUGUCCAGGACCCAAAAUAACGUGAAGCAUAAAAAAAAUGCCAAUAGUUGUUUGAAAGGGUGACUGGGCGAGGUAACUUAAUGAUGAUCAAUAUAAUUAGUAGUGACUCAUAAAUAACUGAUUAGGUCUGUCAUUGUAUUUGCACCCUGAUGUAGAUAAUAUGAACAAUGGUAUCAUGUGAUCAACCUUAGUUAGCAGAUCGCGUAUAAAAAGCUACACACUGAUAGAUUUUACGGAUAGAAGAUCGAAAAGAAGCAAGAUUGAACCAGGGAAUUGGAUGGACUGAGAGGCCUUAUCGAUUCAAUGCAGAUAAAGGCAAUGGCAAGGAAGCCAAUCUUUGGGACUGUAUUUAUUGGGAUAGUGCUGCUUCUACUUGGAGACUUUAAUCAAGCUUUAACAACAGAGUCUCCAGCACCUCAGCCACAACCACCUCAGACAGAACUACCUCCAACAGAACCAUCUCCUACACAACCAUCUCCGACAGAGCCAUCUCCGACAGAGCCAUCUCCGACAGAACCAUCUCCGACACAACCAUCUCCGACAGAACCAUAUCCGAUACAUCCAUCUCCAACACAACAUCAUCUGACACAUCCAUCUCCGACACAACAUUCUCCUGACCUUCCCAUGAAUGGUGGCACUCCAGGUAGUCUACGGCCUGAAGAUUGUGGACCGAGAUGCAUGGGGAGAUGCGCAAAGACUGCGUUCAAGAAACCAUGUAUGUUCUUCUGUAGAAAAUGUUGCGCCAAGUGCUUAUGUGUGCCUCCUGGGACAUAUGGAAACAAGCAUAUGUGCCCUUGCUACAACAACUGGAAGACCAAGAGAGGAGGCCCCAAGUGCCCUUAGUAACAUCACUCGAUUCCUCCAUCACUACCACCCAUAUGGUCAUAUCUAUCUAUUCUCAAAUCUAGCUAUUUUGUCAUUCUCAUGGUUAGCUACCCGCUUACUCAGUGGGACAGAUCGUGCCGCUCAGUUUAGACUUUCUUCGUGCAAGUCAUUUAUGGUGUAGACACAAAAAUAAAUUCUAGUAGUUUUUCUUCCUUCAAUUCCAACGAUAUAUUGAACAUAAUACAUACAAAUACAAAUAUCCACUCUGCAUUUUCGUUGAAUUAGUAAUCCUUAUUCAUCAUAUUCCAGUGUAUCGCCGCUCAACAAUUCUAUAUAAAAUAUUAUCAUUAAAUCAAUACCCCACUUAGAAUCAAGAAGCGAAAACAAAUAUUUGAUUAACCAGAGAAAACAACCUAAAAAUACAAAUCAAAAAACAAAAAUAAAAGCAAACUGGAAAUAAAAAAAAUAAAAUUUGAUCUAAUAAUUGAAGCCACAAUUUAAACGAUUGCUGACGACUAACUUUCAAAUCCGAGUUGGAAUCAACCCUUUAUUUGACGGUCUUGCCUCAUAAAUUAUCAAAAAGCAUUCAAUAAUUUAAAUUAUCAGUAGUUAUUUAAUUUUAUCUUUACCGUAAAAGAAACGGAAUCAUAAUACGACUACGACUCACGAGUGUGCAUCUCAACUUAAAGAAUACAAAAAAUAAAAAAUAUUAUUCUGUCAAGACGAAAUCAGUCGUACAUGAUCGCGAUCGCCAACCUUUACGAUCUUCCUCUUCUCAACGGUGACCAGAACACAACAAAAACAAAAACAAAAGUAACCUGCAAAUCUCUUACACACCAUCACAUUUUAUUACACGACAUAUAUAUAUUUCGUAUAAGCAAACCCAACUCAAGUUUCAUUUCUUUACACAAACACAAUCCACCUGCGUAAUAGUAAUAAUAACAAUAAAAAAACUAAAUUACUCUGACUUCUCUCCGAGGAUUAUUCAAGACUUGAAAAACCUAUACACACAUAAAUGCUGUAUGCACAUGCUGACUAUUUGUCAUACCAUACUUGAACGUCACACUCCUCAUCUACAUCGUUAUCUCAUCUCCCGUUUUUUCACAACUCCCAAUGUUCUUGGAGUAUUAUAUUAUUGCUUACCCAUUUCUUGGUUUUUCACCGGAGGUUUUUUAGGGUUUGUUUUAUCUGCUGAUUCUGGUGGCUAAUUUUGAUCAAUUCAUUGCAGCUGGGAGGGACUCGCUUAAGGCUUUAAUUUAGAGUAUCAGUUACUAGCCCUUUAAAUCGAUCACAGUUGGAGCCAAUUUUUGUAAGUUUUAGUUGUCUGAUAUGGAUAUAAGUAAUGAGGCAACUGUUGACAAAUUCUUUAUCGGACCUUCAACAUUCUGGGGUCGGACGAUUGCUUUCAGAGUGCUCUUUUGCAGGUCAAUGUCACAACUGAGGGAACAAAUUUUUCAUGUGCUUCUCUGUUACUUGCAAAAACUUAAAGAUAAUAUAAAGUUCUACUUGAAACCCAUGAUAUCGUGGUUUCAUCCGCGCAACCCACAAGGUAUCUUGGUAAUGAUGAUACUGAUAGCUUUUAUGUUAAAACGCUACACCAAUGUAAAAAUGAGGGCUGAGGUGGCUUAUCGGAGAAAAUUUUGGAGGAAUAUGAUGAGAUCUGCCUUAACCUAUGAAGAAUGGGCUCACUCAGCUAAAAUGCUAGACAAAGAAACUCCCAGAAUCGAAUCAGAUCUCUAUGACGAAGAACUUGUGAGGAAUAAACUCCAAGAGCUCCGCCACCGCCGCCAAGAAGGUUCUCUCAGAGAUAUCAUAUUUUGCAUGAGAGCAGACCUGGUUAGAAACCUUGGGAAUAUGUGCAACCCAGAGCUUCACAAGGGAAGGCUUCAAGUGCCUAAACUUAUAAAGGAAUAUAUUGAUGAAGUCUCAACCCAAUUGAGAAUGGUUUGUGACUCAGACUCUGAGGAGCUUUUGCUGGAAGAGAAGCUUGCUUUUAUGCAUGAGACAAGACAUGCUUUUGGGAGGACUGCGUUGCUUCUGAGUGGGGGUGCUUCACUGGGGGCAUUCCAUGUUGGUGUGGUGAAAACAUUUGUUGAACACAAACUCAUGCCCCGCAUAAUUGCUGGGUCUAGUGUGGGAUCCAUCAUGUGCUCUGUUAUUGCUACUAGGUCUUGGCCUGAGCUUCAAACCUUUUUUGAGGAUUCUUGGAGCUCUCUGCAGUUCUUUGACCAGUUGGGCGGAAUAUUUGCAAUUUUUAGAAGAGUUAUGACACGAGGUGCAGUUCAUGACAUAAGACAGUUGCAGAUGAUGUUGAGGCAGCUUACAAAUAAUCUCACAUUUCAAGAAGCGUAUGAUAUGACUGGUCGAGUUCUUGCAAUCACCGUAUGCUCCCCAAGAAAGCAUGAACCUCCUCGAUGCCUUAACUAUUUGACUUCGCCUCAUGUUGUUAUUUGGAGUGCAGUUACCGCCUCUUGUGCUUUUCCUGGUCUUUUUGAAGCCCAAGAACUAAUGGCAAAAGAUAGAAGUGGAGAGAUUGUUCCGUAUCAUCCCCCAUUCAACUUAGGGCCUGAAGAGGGUCAAGGUACAUCUGCACGUAGGUGGAGAGAUGGUAGCUUGGAGAUUGAUUUACCAAUGAUGCAAUUAAAAGAGCUCUUUAAUGUUAAUCACUUUAUUGUGAGUCAAGCUAAUCCUCAUAUUGCUCCUUUACUAAGAGUAAAGGAAAUUGUGAGAGCAUAUGGAGGCAACUUCGCCGCUAAGCUUGCGCAUCUUGUUGAGAUGGAGGUGAAACACAGAUGUAACCAGAUACUAGAGCUUGGUUUUCCUUUAGGAGGACUUGCCAGGCUAUUUGCCCAAGAAUGGGAAGGUGAUGUCACCGUGGUAAUGCCAGCCACCCUAGCUCAGUAUUCAAAGAUCAUACAGAACCCUUCUCAUUCGGAACUUCAGAAAGCAGCCAAUCAAGGCAGGAGGUGCACUUGGGAGAAGCUGUCAGCCAUAAAAGCCAAUUGUGGUAUUGAGUUAGCACUUGAUGACUGUGUUGCGAUACUUAAUCACAUGCGUCGACUGAAGAGGAGUGCACAGAGAGCAGCUGCUGCUUCUCAAGGCUUAUCUAGCGCAGUGAGAUUUAGUGGUUCGAAAAGAAUUCCUUCAUGGAAUUGCAUUGCUCGAGAAAACUCAACUGGUUCUUUUGAAGAAUUCGUUGCAGAGCUUGGAUCCUCACUACAGCAAGGUGGGGUUGGUGGAACAGGAUCCACUUCUUGGAACGUGCGGACCAACCGCAGUACACAUGAAAGCAGUGACAGUGAGCCUGAGAGCCCUGAUCAAAAUUCUUGGACGAGAUCUGGUGGUCCCUUGAUGAGGACAACGUCAGCUGAUCUUUUUGUUGAUUUUGUCCAAAAUUUGGAUGGUGAUCUCAAAUCCAAUAAAGGAAUAAUGGUACCGAACAGCACGAUUCAUAUCUCAGCCAGAGAUUCGAAUCCCCAAAGCCCAAGGGUGACGACACCUGAUAGAAGCUCAGAUAUGGAUUCUGAUCAAAGGGAUGUUAUCAAUAGAGCCUCAAUGAACAGUUCUAGUAUUUUAGUUGCUGAAGGUGAGCUUCUGCAGGCUGAAAGGAUUCACAACGGGAUUGUAUUUAACAUUGUAAAGAAGGAAGAGAUGACUCCUUCAAACAGGAGUCUUGAUUCUGACUCGGUUGCUGCAUGCAUGCAACUUGAAUCUCCUGCCAAGGAGAUAGACGGGAGCUCAAGCUCUGAAUCGGAGUAUGAGGCUAAUGUUAAUCAUUCUCUAAACAGUACCGAUGCAAGUAGCAUCAAGGAUCAGCUAACUGCUGCUAAUGAUUUUCAUAAGGAUGCUGAAAAUAACUGAGAUUCAAUUGCGUUUUUUUCAUGUCAUAUAUAUGCAGAUCAACAAGGCUAAUUCACGUUAUAGACAACAGGAAGCGCUAAUACACUAACAGAUUCAUGAGGUAGCAGAGCAGUAUAUCAUACUACCGAAGCAACAUUUUAGCUGGGCUACAUUGCUGGUGUUAGUUCUGUACAGGUAAUUCAUACUGAUCCUCUGCUGCUCCAAAAUGAGUUUUAGUAUAUGUUGUUAAGUCUGUCAUAGUUGGUUUACGUCAAAGUACAAACAUAGAUGCUGUGCAGCUGCUAAGCUGCAUGUUAUACUAGGAACUUGUAUGUAAAUGGUAUGUUCUGUAUGCAGAAAUAUACAAGAAAGUUAUACAACUACUCCAUUUCAUGAA